ACUAUUCGAAAUGUGUGGUGAAUGUCUUAAUUGAUAUUUACGAAGUUUUAACUGUGUAAACUAUUCUAAGUUGUUAAUUUCAGUACUAUAGUCCGUGUAUGGAUUACGUACUGAAAUCCCCAUGGUCAUAAAAUGAGUGAAGAUAAUCAAGAAAGCAGAGGGGAACAGGAAGUAAAUAUCUUGGCGGAAAUCCUAGACAAUUCAGCUGAUGUUUUUGAAGAUCUAGCUAAGGAAAUUGGCUCAGAGGACAUUGUUGGCAAGUAUAAUGGGCCCAAGAAAGAGCCAUCUGGAGCAGUCAGCAAGCUUACUGAUUUUACCAAAAAGAAGGGGAAAACUGGAAAGAUCUCGAAGAAAGCAAGUCCAAAAGGGAGAAAGUCUAAGAAAAUCAAGAGUCCACUACGGAAGGUGGGUGGAGCCCGGACAAAGUCUAAAUUAAAGGAAAUAAAGAAAGUUCGUGGUGGUCCUUCAGAUAAAAAUAGUGACGAAGUUAACAGCAAGUCUAUUGAAGAGAAACAUACCGUAACUGGCACAGAAAGAAAAUCUGGAUCUGAACUGCAAUCAAACGAACCUGGUACAAAACGGGAAGUGAAAGGUGAAGACCAACAGUCUGAGCUCCAAAUAAGGGAACAAGGUGAUUUGGGGGACACACUCAAGGGCUCAAACACAAUUCCAGACUCUUGCCAAAAGGAUUGUAGUGGGCAGCAGUUUGGAGGCAAAGAAAAUACAUUGUCACCUGGUUCACUGGAAACACUAGCUCCAGGCACAGCUCUGAAUAAAGAAGUAUCUGAAAGCGAAGACAUAGACGGAAGUGAGAACAUUCACCUUCGAUUGACGGAGGAAAAUAUUAUGGGUGAUGAACUCAAAGAAGGUGAAGAGGUAAAUGAAUAUGACACUCGCAGUGAAGUGAGCUCCUCUUCUGACAGUUCUAGUAUGAGCAGCAUGAAUUCAUCUAGUUCUGAGUCUGAACAUGAGCCAGAAACAAACUCUUCUCAGAAGGACAGAGGAUCAGUGAAGCGUAGGCGAGAAGUCUCCAGAGAAAGGAACAGUCCUGUCCACGGUCACAGUUCCAAGAGAUCUAAGACUGGGAGGAAAGUGAAAUCUUACGAUUACAUAACAAAGCUUAAUUAUUUGUUUCGUGAUGCACGAUUUUUUGUAAUCAAAAGCAAUAAUGCUGAGAAUGUGACACUGUCUAAAGCAAAAGGAGUAUGGUCUACUCCUCCGCAGAAUGAGGCCAAGUUAAAUCAAGCAUUUAGGGAAUCACGCAAUGUGCUGUUGAUUUUCUCUGUCAAAGAGAGUGGAAAAUUUGCAGGAGUGGCUCGACUGGAUUGUGAGUCUCGAAGAGAUGUGCCACCCAUCUCGUGGGUUCUACCUCCAGGCCUUUCUGCCAAAGCACUGGGUGGUGUGUUCAAAGUGGAUUGGGUUUGCAGGAAAGAGCUACCAUUCAACAAGACCCAACACCUGUACAAUCCUUGGAAUGAAGGGAAACCUGUUAAGAUUGGCAGAGAUGGCCAGGAAAUAGAGCCACGAGUGGCAGAAGAGCUGUGUCGUCUGUUCCCAGUGGAUGAAGGAAUAGAUAUGACUCCCAUCCUACGCAAGUCAAAGGAAGCUGCAAGACUUGUGAGACCCCAUUCAGUGCGACGUCGAGAGGGUCUUCCACCACCGCCACACCUUCGAUCGCUGCCUAGAUCAUUUGGUACACCAGGACGUGCUGGUCACAACAACAACCACCACAUAUCUGGGAGCAGGGGAAGGCGACGCAGAUACAUGGAUGAUGAGUAUGAUCCACGUCAAAAGAGGAGUAGAGGUCCAACAAUGUAUAUGUCAAACUUAUUCAAAGAAGGGAGACGGGAAAGGUCACCAGUCAGGUUUCCAGUUCCUCGUGACAGCAGAUCCUUCAACGGUGUUCAGAACUACACAGACUUCAUGCGAGAGUUACAUUCCCGAGGUGCCCCACCUCUCACAGCCAUGCCUUACCCACCUCCUCCCCCAUUUGUGGACUCUUUACCACCACCACCACGGUACUAUGAGGGACCACCAUUACCUGAAUAUCCAUCCACAAUUAGGUCAGCCCGGUCUGACAAACGGUCUUAUGACCGUUCAGUGGAGGAGUUUCUGCGAAGAACAACAGAAAGACGUGAUAGAGAUAGAGACAGAGAUCGACGCUACAGAGACAGACAUUGAGCUGCUGAAGGUACUUGUUGCAGAAAGGGUAUUAUUCAAGACUGAAUUUAAGGCCAACCAUGUUCACCGAAUCCCACAAAGAAGAGUUCAAGAUACUAAAAAAUAGAAAACAAUUGUUGUAAGCUGGGUUCUCUGUCAUCAGAAUUGGAACUCUGUUUCCUGAGUUUAAUUGUGGUAUAUCAUGUUAUAUGUUAUCAUGUAUAAUUUAUCACUACAGUUCAGUCUUAUGGAUAUGACAUGCUGUACUGAGCAUUACUAGCCUUGAUUCAUGUGUAGUUACUUAAAAUGCAGUAUGGUUGGUUAGUUAGCUUCCAGUAGUUGGAAAACCUGUAAGAAUGAACAUGUACAUUUGCAAAAGGAAUGUAGCGUACAAUAUACAGUAACUGUCUACAAGAAAUUUGUUUUUAUUCUAUUUUGUAAGGAAAACUUUACCAUUAUUUAUGCUUGGCAGUUGAAAGGAUGCUGGUAGAAACCUAAAUUCUGGCUAUGUUUUGUGCAUCUCAUUUGUUAGUCAGCUUACUAUUUAUUUUUUACUAGGCCUGUGAGAAAAUUAUCUUUGAAUUUGAGCUUCUCCUCCUGUUCUUCCUCUCUUUUUAACUAAUAGUUGCCAUAUUGUCAGUGUUCUGCUGUAUUUACUUAAAUGGAAGAUGGUUCCAAAUGUAAGAUGACCCCUUACUGGGAAACUAGUCUUCACAGAAAAGUAAUUUUAUCAAUUAAUUUCAUACUCUUACUAAAAAUGUAAAAAAGUGUAAAGUUGUCCCUGUCUUUAAAUAAUUAAGCACUACGCCAUGAAGGCAUGUUUCG